UCCGAUGAUCUCUCAUUCCAUCCCUCUCCUCCUCUGCCUCCUCUUCCUUCCCCAUUUCAUCUCUCACGCCACAACUCUCCCCUCUCCGGACUCCCUCCUCCAAUGCCUCCACAACCACUCCAUUCCCCCUUCCCUCAUCUUCACCCCCAAAUCCUCCAACUUCACCCCCACUCUCUUAUCCUCAGCCCAAAACCCACGAAUCAUCUUCGACAAUCACUCCCCCAAACCCUUUCUCGUCAUCACCCCAACCCAAGCAUCCCACGUCCAAGCCGCCGUCAUCUGUUCUAAAAACCUCAACUUCCAACUCCGAACCAGAAGCGGCGGCCACGACUACGAAGGCCUCUCCUACUUCUCCACCUUCGGCCCUUUCCUCAUCCUCGAUCUCUUCAACCUCCGCUCCAUCUCCUUCAAUGUCGAUAACACCGUUUGGGUCCAAUCAGGCGCCACGCUCGGCGAGCUUUACUUUUCCAUCGCUUCAAAGAACCGAACUUUAGCCUUCCCGGCUGGGUUCUGUCCAACGGUUGGUGUCGGGGGGCAUAUAGCUGGUGGAGGCAUCGGCACCAUCAUGAGAAAGCAUGGCAUCGCCGCCGACCACGUCGUUGACAUCCACAUGGUGAAUGCAAAUGGGGAGAUUUUGGAUAGGGAAUCCAUGGGAGAGGAUCUCUUCUGGGCGUUAAGAGGCGGAGGAGCUGCCAGCUUUGGAGUCAUACUCGCUUAUAAGAUAAAGCUCGUGCAAGUCCCACCAAAUGUCACAGUUUUGUCCAAAACCUUAACUUUGCCACAGGGCGCGACAAAAGCUAUGGCCAAAUGGCAGCAGGUGGCUUACAAAGCAGACAACAGACUGUACAUCAGCGCACUAUUAAGCACGGUGGGUGGGACCGCGGAAGUCAUCUUUAGCGGCUUGUUCUUGGGUGAGAUGCCAGAGUUGCUUCUAAUCAUGGAACAGAGCUUACCCGAGUUACAAGUGGCAGGGAGUGACUGCAAGGAAAUGAGUUGGAUUGAAUCCCAAAUCGUCUUCUCCUCUUUUCCUGCACCUAACAUAAAUAACGACCUGCCUCUAAGUUUUUUGCUUGAUAGAAGUCCGAGAGCCCUCAACCUUUCUUUUAAAGUGAAGUCGGAUAUAGUUAGGGAACCCAUUGUAAAGCAGAGCUGGGAGAAGAUAUGGAAAUAUGCUCUCAAAGGAGAUGAGCUACUUCUGAUACUUAUUGAGCCAUUGGGAGGAAAGGUUGCAGAGAUAGCAGAGACUGAGACACCAUUUCCUCAUAGGAAUGGAAGUAAGUUUGUGAUGCAACACAUUGUGGGUUGGAUUGGGGAAGGAAGAAAAGAAGCAAAGAAGCAUAUUGAUUGGUUCAGGGGGUUUUACAAGUUCAUGGCUCCAUUUGUCUCGGAGAACCCUCGAGCUGCUUACCUUAACUUCAGGGAUCUGGAUUUGGGGAAAAACACUGAAGGUGUGGUAAGCUACGACAAGGCACAAGUUUGGGGAAAAAAAUAUUAUAAUGUCAACUUCAAGAGGCUGGCAUAUGUAAAGUCUAAGACGGAUCCCGACAACUUCUUCAAAAAUGAACAGAGCAUUCCGCCAUUGUUUUAUUAGUUUAUAGUUUCAUUGUUGUAAAAUAACAGCUUAU